AUGAAUUCUGCAUCAAGUAACUUUCAGUGCACAACUCUACUACCGAAUUGUCUGAAUUCUAAUGCCUUAAAAACAUCAUCAUUAUAUAUGAGACGAUGGAGGAGGCGUCAAUGUAUGAAGUUGGAGACAGAUCGACUUGAAGGACAACAGUGUCAACAACAACAACGACGACAAAAACCAUUACAUGACGAUUUCGUUCCAAAUACGAAUUAUUUCCAAAAUGCAAUUAUUAACCUUAAUCAAACUGUGGACGGUAUUCCGAAGACAAAUUCCAUGUUAGCAAUUAAUGAACUUACAAAUUAUAGUGGUGAUACUUCGAUUACUACUUCUUCUACCAUUGACGCUUCUUAUACUAAUAGUGAUAAUAAUGAUAAUAGUAAUAAUAAUCGAAGCUAUCAGUCACCGUCUACAAACACCUCAGUUACUAGUCGAUCGAAUGCAGAUGCUGAGUUUUGUAAGGUAUCUAAUUCGACGCCGGCGAUGUUUAAUGGUGGUGUAACAUCUCCUGGAAAUUAUAAAAAAAUAUUAAUUGAUCGAUACUUGUUGAGUCAAUCAAUGUCACAUUGUGGUACAAUCUGUGAAUCAAUCAGUCCACUUACUAAGAUGGUACAUGUCCCAUUAUUGAAAGAAACACAAACAGAUUACAGCAGUGAAAAAACUAUGAAGGUGCCGUUAAAUACAGAUACGAAUUAUCACUUGGAAACUAAAAGUACAAUACCUGAAGAGUUGAUCAAUGGAAAGAAAUCUAAUUCAUCGGACAAUCAAAUCAGAAAUUUCCAAUCUCUCUUGAGAAAAUUGCUCUGUGAUAUUUUAACCAGAGAACUAUUGGCUAAUAAAUAUAAAGAUGAACCGAACAUGAUUCAUUCAACCGUUUCUUCCAAUCACAACCGAUAUUGUAAUACAUUGAAUCCACAGAAUCCUAUCAGCGCCAUCAAUGACAGAAUUUACAAUCCCGAUUCUUCAAAUACUGAAACAAAACUAUCUUUUAAUAACGAAAAUUAUGAGCAAGCUAUUUCAACCCCAUGUUUUUAUCCUAAUUUCUUGAAUGAAUUACAAUCACUAUUGCACAAUAACUGUUAUUCAGACGAUAUGAAGGGAAGUGAUCCUCGACCGAUUGUAAUGCAAAUUUUAAACGAUGAGAAGAAUAGUUCGUUGUAUACAUGUUUGGACAACUCAACAUCAUCGUUAUUGGAAAUUAAUUCAAACAAUCAAUUAAAAACUCCUUUACUUGGUAUGCAUAAUUCAAACGAUAAGUUAUUGUGUCCGAGAGUGAUUGGGAAAAAUUCAGUGGAUGCUGGUAAAUCACAACAUUCACAAAAAUCAUCAUAUCAUUCAUUGGCAGAGACAUCUAUGAGUCAAAUGUCAAAGCAUUCCAUAAAUAAUAACGAUACUGUUAAUACUACUGCUACUACAGUAUUCUCUCCUGAUUUUUUACAUUCAAUACAUAGUUCAGUAAAAUAUCAUAAUAUUCAAAAUUCAACGUUUAAUUCUUCGUUGUUGGUAUGUAGUCAACCGUAUACAACGAUGUCAAUUGGUUCAGAAUCAUCGACGUUAACUUCAUCGACAUGCACUGCUCACAGACAGCAACAACAUACAUCAGUUGAAACAUCUGUUUCAUAUCCCUCAAGUCCUUUAUUCAAAUAUAGAUAUCCAAUAGAUGAUCACAAAUUUUCGACUACACCUCUUCAUUCAUCAUUAUUUUCACCGACUCAUGUCAUGCCAGGAAAAAGUUUUGAUGCUACCAUUAUUACUUCUACCACUCCUAUUACUACUAUUAUUACUACUAAUUCGAAAAUAAAUGAACAAACUAUUACACAUCAGUCUCAUUUACCUUUUAUAAACACCUCAAUUACUCCUAAUCAAAUAAAUACCACAAAUGUUAAUCGGAUUUCUAUGUUUAAUAAUGAUAAUAAUAAUAAUAAUAAUAAUAAUAAUAAUACUCUUGUUCAAAGUUAUUCCGACCUACAAUUUAUGGAUGUUGAUAAUUAUCAAUGUGAAACUUCAUCAAGCUGUAAACAAACUGUGUCGAAUAACACUAAUAAUUGUACUACAUUUAACACAUUUUCAUCUGUACCAACACUUACUUCUAAUAAACAUAGUAAUACUACUUCUACUACUACUAAUGAUACUAACAAAAGUAGUAAUAUUAAUAGUUCACUUAUUCAGCAUAGAACUUCAAAUGGUUUAUAUGUAUGCAUGGUAUGUUCUCGUCAGUUUACUCGUUCUGAUAUGCUUGUAAGACAUGCUCAUGUGCAUACAGGUCAUAAACCAUUUGAAUGUAUAAUAUGUGGUCAAGCAUUUAGUCGAUCUGAUCAUUUAUCUACACAUCAACGAACACAUACUGGUCAAAGACCGUAUCAAUGUUCAUUAUGUUAUUAUUCUGCAUCUCGACGUGAUAUGAUUACAAGACACUUAAGAGUACAUCAAAGAAAAGGUCAACUAGUUUCAACCAAUGAAAGUGGUGGACCUUUGAAAUUACAUUUCACUAUAAACUUUUCUCAGCCUUCUAAGUAUUCUAUCAAACAGAAAGAAGACAGAAAUAGUUGUUCUCUAGUGAAUGUAACAGAUAGUCGUUUCUCAGUCAUAUCAUCACAGUCUUCUCAUCUCAAUAGUAUUCAUUAG